AAUCGAAGAGAAGAAGAAGAAAGAAGGGAGCGGAAGAACCGUUGUGCACGUAGCACAAAAGCCGCGGAAUACCGAAGUCUGGGAACGGAUAGUUGCGUGCCUACAUAAGUAAAUUACACAGCACUGCUGCUUUUCUAUAUUUUUAAAGUAUCGUGUUUUGUAAAGCUCGAGUCCCCCAUUGUUAGCUCGCAUACUUGCUAACUAGCGUUAGCGAACUAGCUAAAACUGCUAGCACGUUUAUCGCCAUUUUGCGCAUUCAACAGCCCAAGACCUUCGCCAGCAGCGAGGUGUUGAAUUCAGUAACAUGGCAGAGGCAGACCGACCAGGGAAGCUCUUCAUCGGUGGACUGAACACCGAAACCACCGAGAAGGCCCUGGAGCAGUACUUCAGUAAAUAUGGCAGGAUUGUCGAAGUUCUUUUGAUGAAAGAUCGCGAAACAAACAAAUCAAGAGGCUUCGCUUUUGUUACUUUUGAAAGUCCGGCUGAUGCAAAGGAUGCAGCGCGUGAGAUGAAUGGAAAGUCUCUUGAUGGCAAACCUAUCAAAGUGGAGCAAGCAACAAAGCCUCAGUUUGAGAGUGCUGGCAGGCGAGGACCUCCGCCCAUGCACUCCCGCAGCCGUGGUCCACCCAGGGGCCCCCGUGGUUCCAGGGGAGGCCCUGGUGGUAUGAGGGGCCCACCAUCCAGAGAUUACUAUGAUAAUUCAGGGAAUGUAGAACCCUUCUUUAAAGGGAUGUCAUCCAGAGGCCCCCCUCCGAUGAAGAGAGGACCCCCAGUUCGUAAUGGAGGUCCCCCACCCAAGAGGUCUGCCCCAUCUGGUCCCAUGAGCAGAACCCCCAUGUCAAGAGACAGGGAUCCCUAUGGUCCACCCCCUCCUCGCAGAGACUCCAUGAUGUCCAGGAGGGAUGAUUAUCCAUCACCAAGAGACGAUCAUUACAACUCCAAAGACAGCUACUCCAGCCGGGAUUACAAUUCCAGAGAUUCGAGGGACUACGGCCCUCCUCAGAGAGAUUAUUCAUACAGAGAAUACUCCAAUUCCAGCUCCCGAGAUGAGUAUGGCUCGAUGUCGAGGGGAUACAGUGACCGUGAUGGUUAUGGGGGAGGCCGGGAACCCAGAAGCUAUAUGGAUCGUUCAAGUGGUGGCUCCUACAGAGAUUCAUAUGAUGGUUACGGUAACUCUCGAAGCGCCCCACCUUCACGGGGCCCCCCACCAUCCUAUGGUGGGAGCAGUGGAAGCAGUCGUUACGAUGACUAUGGCAGCAGUUCCCGGGAUGGCUAUGGCAGUCGUGACAGUUACCCCAGCAGUCGGAGUGACCCAUAUCCACCUAGCCGUGGUGAGCGAAUGGGCAGGCAGGAGAGGGGCCCAGCUCCCCCUGUUGAGAGAGGCUACCCUCCUCGUGAUUCGUACAGCAGCUCAAGUCGUGGAGGGCCACGUGGUGGCCGUGGUGGCAAUCGACCCGAUAGAGGGAUGGCUCGCAGCAGAUACUGAACUGGACUUGGAAAUCACAUUAAAGCAAACGUUAGUCUCCGUGCACAGUUAACACUUGUUUUGGAAGAGCUCUGACGAGACAAACUAUCCAUGUCUAAAUCUGUGGAAUAUAAAGCUUAGCUUUGAAUUGUAUUUUGACUUUCCCAGUUUUUUUUUUUUAAUGUGUAAAAGUUAUUUUGUUUUUUUUUAGUAUUUCUCUUGCUCAUGUAACAGUACAGUUACCAAGUUAGUGUUAGUUUUUGUACACUCAGUGCUGUUGGAAUCUGCAAUGCCCUAUCAGUCUGGCUUUCCUACUCUAAUAAAGCUUUUAGUUGUACCAUGA